UAACAAGUGCACCUAUUUAUUUGUUCCUCUGUGAAAAUUGUAUUAAACACCCAAUAGGAUGCUAAAUACUCAAAUAAAUCCUAAAAUUCUUUAUUUGACAUACUUUAUAGGUUAGCCUCGUUUUUUUAUAACGGGUAUUUAUCUCAUAUGGCCUAGGUAACAUUAACUGAUAACACUGUCAGUUUACUCACAAAAUUGUUCCUUAUUUCACAUGUUUAUUUUGCUUUCUGCGUUUGUUAGAAUACAUGAUUUUAUGCAAAAAAUAGUUCUAUAACGUGGGUUGUAGGCACCCAUACUUAUAAUUAUUAAUUAUUAUUAAUUAUGAUUAUGCCUAAGUUGAGUAAGAUGUGGUCUAAGUUCUCAGUGACUAGGAAAGAUGGCAGUGUUCUAAAAUUACGCAUAAUGGAUAUGCCUCGAGAUCCCAGUGUACUAGAAAAAGUAUUAAAUAUCAACCUUAAGUAUUUUGUACCAGAAGAAAACACCCUAAAGGCAGCAAGAGUGGCAGAAAGUGCAGAAGCAGUGGAAGAAAUAACUGCAUUCAUAAUCAACAUGUUAAAUAUGGAAAAUCAUCAUAUUGUUGUUUGCUGCUUAGACAACGAUGAUGAUCAGAUAAAUGAAAUUAUUGGGUCGUCAAUUAUGGCUUUAACGAGAAAAGAUGAUAUGAAACCAGAGGGAGGAUUUAAGUCAAAAGAAUUAAUGAAAGCCACGGAGAUAAUGGAUGCUAUGAACGAAAUGUACGAUGAAGUUAAAGUAUUUGAUUUAGACCCCUGCUUCAGUGAUAGGGGCCUCGUUGUAUGUCCUGAGUAUAGAGGCCUUGGGAUUGGUCAGGAAUUUCUCAGAGUCAGACGUCUAAUUUGCAAGGAAUACGGUAUACCUAUCAACGGAGCCUGGAUGACGUCAUACGGUACACAGAAGGCCGCGGAGCGUGACGGCUGGGAGACUGUCUGCGAGAUCCAGUAUGAAGACUUGGAGAAGAAGUUCAACGUCACCUACGGGAGACAUCCACCUUCCACAAAGUUCAUGAUCGCUAGAAUACCACUUUAAAAUUGAAGCAUACCUAUAUUUAAAUACACACAUUGUC